AUGGAUAAAUUGAUAAAAGGUUUGCUGGCACAAAUGCUGAUGUCGCAGGACAAUAACGAGUGGAGUCAACGUCGAGCGAGUGGAUCAUCAUACAAGAUGUCCAGAGGUAUCCGAAAGAAAAGCAUAGGCGAUGCCAAAUAUGAGUGUGGCAGGUGUGGAAAAACAUACAAGGCCACGACAUCCUUGAGCCGACACAAACGACUUGAGUGCGGUGUCGUGCCUUGCGAGAUGGUGAACAAAUUUGAACUGAAUGCUAGCCGCAUGAAUGCGUUUCUACAUUUAAAUAACGUAAAUUGUGGCCAAAUGGAACCGCUACCGAAGCAAUAUUUAUAUGGCGAAUGCGGCAAGAUGUAUAAAUGGAUGGACAAUCUACGCCGACAUCAAAGACUGGAGUGCGAUAACAAAGAUGAACUGUCCAAUUGGUUAAUUGAACCAUUCGUAAAGCAGGAGCUCCAUGAAGGAGGCUACUUCGAGUUUGUGACUGUCUCCAACCAACUGUCUUCAGAGCACGAGAAUGAGCAAUGCACCGCGGAAAAGAGCAACGAUGAGGAACCGGAAAUCUGCGAGGUAGCCUUUCACGGUCAGCUUAAGUACCUGCUGUGUGACUCGCCGAUCCUUAACAACGUGGAGGCAAAUGUGGUCCAGAAAAAUUCCAAGUCUUGCCAGCAAUUCCGUUGCGAUGGCUGUGGCAGAACAUACACAAGAGUCGACAGCCUGAAACGUCAUCAACAGAAAUGCGACGAACUUCUGGCGUCAUUUCAGGAUCGGCAGGAAGCGUUAGAAAGGCUUCAACAGCAAUUGUAA